AGAGACACGCUCCAGACCUCCCGCUCCACCCGGCAGCUCACCUCCAUUCCCCCGCGGCUCCUUCACCAGGCGCUCUCCCGUUGUUUGCAUCCCUCGGUGUCGGUCGCACUCGGGCCGGUCGAAGCAGCGCCAUGGCUCGGGAGAACGGAGACGCCGGCAGAGGAGAGACGUGGAAGAAACAAGUGGACGACAUCAAGAAGAGGUUCGACUUCAAGCAGCUGCUCGGCACAGGAGCCUUUUCAGAGGUGGUCCUGGCCCAGGAGAAGCUGACCGGCCGGAUGUUUGCGGUGAAGUGCAUCCCCAAAAAGGCCCUGAAGGGGAAGGAGAGCAGCAUCGAGAAUGAGAUCGCUGUGCUGAGGAAGAUCAAGCACGAGAACAUCGUGGCUCUGGAGGACAUCUACGAGAGUCCCGACCACCUCUACCUGAUAAUGCAGCUGGUGUCUGGUGGCGAGCUGUUCGACCGGAUCGUGGAAAAGGGUUUCUACACGGAGAAGGAUGCGAGCACGCUGAUCCGACAAGUCCUGGACGCGGUUAACUACCUGCACAAGAUGGGCGUCGUGCACCGAGACCUCAAGCCAGAGAACCUGUUGUAUUUUAAUCCUCAAGAUGAGUCCAAGAUCAUGAUUAGUGACUUUGGUCUUUCCAAGAUGGAGGGCAGCGGGGACGUCAUGUCCACUGCCUGCGGUACUCCAGGAUAUGUGGCUCCAGAGGUUCUGGCCCAGAAGCCGUACAGUAAGGCAGUGGACUGCUGGUCCAUCGGAGUGAUCGCCUACAUCCUGCUGUGUGGUUAUCCUCCGUUCUACGAUGAGAACGACUCCAAGCUCUUUGAGCAGAUCCUGAAAGCCGACUACGAGUUUGACGCGCCGUACUGGGACGACAUAUCCGACUCAGCCAAGGAUUUCAUCAGCAAUCUGAUGGAAAAAGAUCCAGCCAAGCGUUUCACCUGCGAUCAGUCGCUCAGACACCCCUGGAUCGCUGGGGAUACGGCUCUCUGCAAGAACAUCCAUGAGUCAGUGAGCCGACAGAUCAAGAAGAACUUCGCCAAGAGUAAAUGGAGGCAAGCGUUCAAUGCCACUGCCGUGGUCCGGCACAUGAGGCGGCUGCAGCUUGGCAGCAGCAUGGGCAGCAGCAUGGACGCCUCCAACCCGCCGACCAGGCAGAGCCAGACGCAGAAGCCGGCCCAGAGCUCGAGCCAGGCGGAUCAGAACCAGGCAGCUCAGAGCCCAAACACAGCGCCGAGCCAGAGCAACAACACAGCCGCCAGCAAAACCUCUUCCACUGACAACAACACAGCAGCGACGUGCAAGGAAUGUGUGACCGUGCCCGUCACGCCCUGCAGUCUGGAGUCUGCGGCCUCGUCCCCCGCUGCCGGGGCAGAGCUGAACCGGCCACAUCCCUCGGCGGCGCCCGCCCCAGUGCUCACGGAGACCAAGUGA